AUGGAAGCCCCCAGUGGAAAGUGCAAGAAAUCUACAAAUAGGAAUAAAACAAGCCAUUCAGCCGGUACCACUUCAGGUACACCAUCUAAAAGAAAGAAACUAGUACAGGCGGAGGAAACUGAAGAGAUUUCAGUAGUUAGUUUUGAAAAUGAAACAACUUCUAGUGUUCGCCAGACAACAACUAAUGAAGAGGUCAUAACUCAAACUACAGCUGUUCCUGUAAUUCCUAUUGUACCAGAAAAACAACUUCCGGUUUUUAAAGAUCCUAAUUUUGUACAUUCUAGUAAAGGAACCUCUUGUGGCAAAAGAACAAGAGUAUGGAAGAAUCUGAAACAAAUAAUAGCAGGAGAUCGUUCAUUUCCAUGGAAACCAACAGAUGUAACAUAUGGAUCAAUAGAUGCCCCUCCAUCAUUCCGGCCUGGUAAAAAAUAUUCAGAUAUCUCAGGUUUAGAGGCAAGUUAUGUUGAUCCACAAACUAAAUUACGGUAUGCUACAGCUGAAGAGUUCUCACAUGUUCGUAUAUUACCAGGUGAUAUAGUGACAGGAUAUCUAGCUUUAAGAAAGGCUAAUACACCAGUACCUUGACUGAAUUCUUUGAGAUUGAGCCUCAAUGUAGCAGACUGGAGUUCUGAAAUCAUAAAGAAUGCUAGAGUGAUACAGUGAUAAUAUCUGAGGUUGCCUUGGUUGUUAUAAGAGUUUUGCCAACUCUUCAUGAAAAACACUAUUGUUAUUUAUGUAUUAGUUUCAAUUAACGUCAAAUUUGAAUCAGUCCAAGAUCUUAUCAAUAUAAAUGAUCAUACCAAGAUUCAUUAAAAUCAAUUAAAAACUAUUGUGUUC